CGCGAGGACGCUUGCAUUCAAGGAUUCACAUUUUGAUUCAUCAUUGUAAUCGACCUUGACAAUUGUCACGUUGCUUGCUCACGUCCAUCGCGUGCCGUCAAUUUCUGCAGUCUUUCUGCCCUAUCCGUCGCAUGCAACCGCCAUCGCAUACAACCCCCAUCUCGCAAGCUCCUCACUUCCUGCUUAAAGAUUCACGCACUUCACGUUUCGCCGCCACGUUGAGCCCCUUCGAGACGGCGUUGACCGCACCCGCAUAUUUGCAAGGAAGAUCGGACGCCGCCUAAGGGGACACAAUUUUGGCAAAGACGGCGUCGCUCGCCAUCUGACUGACAUCCUUCGUCUCGCCAAACACAAGCUCAGGUCCGGUCUUACUCUCAAUCGUCUGGUCAUUGCACCGGAGCACGAUUCAGCCGCUGGCAGGAGGACGCGAUGAGGUCGACGACAUGGAUUCCCGCGCUCGGUGCAGCGCUCAUGCUCCUCGCCAGCACUUCACGGGCGGCGCUCACGAUGACGACGAGCUUUUCAAGGCAGUGCAAGCCUCUUAAUGUUACAUGGACUCCUGAAAGCGAUGGAUAUCCCUACACGGUCAGCAUCGUGGCCACAGGAUUUGGAGCUCAAACAUUCAGCGUCGACUCAAAUUACCAGCCAGGUGCAUCAGAAUUGACGUUUCAGUACGUUGUGCCUCCCCCCACUGGACUUUUCAAUUCGUACAUCGUAGCGUUGACCGACAGCAAGGGGCAAGGAACAACGUGUACGUAUGACCCACAGGUUGUGCAGCUCACAAGUCGCUUGUUGACUCGAUCUCUUGUCUUUUCAUCGUCAGCACAAGUCAUGUCUAUCGACACGCGCAACACCACUUCAGACUGCCCAGCCUACACCUCCUCAAAUUCUUUCACUUGGGCUGGUGACAACACCAGUGGAGGCUCUCCAGCAUUGAGGUACCAAUGCGGCAAUGUCAGGUUCUACCCUGUCGAUCAGCGAGGCACGAGUCCUUUCUCCAUCACCAUGUUUCCCUUGGGCGGGCUGCCGGUCACCAUCAACGUCCCAGCUUCUCAGACCAUGAACACAUCAUUCUUUAUCGCUCCGAACGUCACCGUGCCCUUUGAAUCUGGCACGCGAUUUGUAACGAUGCUCAGUGAUGCGCAGGGAGCUGGAAGUGGUGGAGGCUCGCCCGUAUACAACGUGCUCCCUUCAUCCGACACGAGUUGUCUGCAACGGCGCCAGCCAAACCAACUUUCUGGCCGCGCAGUUCCAAGUGGCGCCAUUCCUGCUUCGUUCCAAAAUCUUGCCGGCGCUCUGACCGCAGAUGAGGCAAAUGCUGGGUCGGGGACUGAUGGAAAUGGAGGAGGCGGGGGUGGCACAAACGUAGGCGGCCUGGUUGGAGGUGUGAUUGGCGCUGUCAUUGCGGUCGCCAUCGUCGUAGCCGCGCUGGUCGCCUUUUUCUUGUACAGACGACGCCAAAAGGCGAAGAGAGAGGAAGCGCGCAAGGAGCAACCCCAAUUCGUGGACCUGGACGGAGACGAGGAUGGACAGCUCUCGCCAGCUGCUCUGGCUGCGCGACGUGGAAGGCACGAUGCUGGAGUCAGCCAGAGCUACGCCGUCUCGCCCUUCACGUACCAAUCGACGGCCCAGCAUUCUCCUGGUCUAGGCGGAGAUCAUGACCUGUACCGCGAUGAGCCACUCUCUGCUCCGGGCAGGCCACAGAGCAUCGCCUCGAACUCUCUGCGGGGACAUUCCGGUGCCGGGCUGAGAUACCCUCCCAGCAGUCCCGGUCCACUCUCUUCAAGUGGAUACACCGAUGCAGGCAGGACAGGUGGCAUCAGCAGUACCGUGGGCGGAUCCGAGUACGGUGGAGACUUUGCGAGCGCAACCAGCCAUGGACCAGGCAGCGUCGCCGCUGGCAAUUCUUACAGAUUGUCCGCAAGAAAUCUUGCCGAGCCAGGCACGGGCGACGUUCCUCCCUUGCCUCGUAAAGGAGCAUUACCCGAAGACACCAAUGCGCCUAGCUCUUCCAGAUUCGUGCAGCACCAGGAUGCUGGUCCUGCGCCUGUGCCAGACUCUGACGAAGAGGACGCGAUGGAAGAAUUGCCGCCUUCAUACGGAGGUUGGGCCAAUCGACCAGCUCCAGCCAACCAAGCACCACCAAGCUAGUCCUUCGCAGUGUCCCCUGAGCUGCGUGACAGAUCACUCUCGCGACGCUCAAUCGCCACUUACGUUGUCUUUGUCGACCCUUGACCAUUUCUUCAAUCCCUCUUGUAUUCCAUAUAGGCCGCGUUCUACACGUCUCUUGCCGCAACCUCGACUA